AAAAAGAUGUUACCUAAAGUGAUGAUAUGAUAUGAUAGGAUUGGAGUGAAAACGCCAUAGUUGCUUGUCACCAAACAAGAUAAAGAUUGGUGAGAAGUUCAAAAAUGGGUCUCGCAAAAAUCAAUAGCCACGUAAACAAAUCUGAAUAACUAAAUACGUGGUAUAACCUCUUUGGGCCUCCCUUCAAAUACACUCUUAAUUAACUCCCUUUAAAGCCAAGAUAACUCCACCCCACCACCCCAAUAUUAUUCAAAUAUAUUCCAAAUAUCUCCAAAAUUUUAAAAAAUAAAAAUAAAAAUAAAAAAUAAAAAAUCCCCCGAAUUCUUAAACCCCAAUUCACUCCUCAUUCAUUUCAUCCCAAAAUUCUACUCCCACUUUCUCUCUCCUCAAAAUCAAAUUCAUUCAUCUAUGGCGAUUUCAGACGCCGUUGUAGGAAAUCUGAUGACGAUAUACUUAGCCUUAAUAGCGGCGAUUAAGGCGUACGGCCUUAUGAUGGGGCAGAGCUUCACCGGAAUAUUCGUACUGGCGGUGUCGACGGCGGUGGUGGGGUUGGUUUUACUGACGACGCUGACGUGGGAUGUCUCACGGAAAGCAGUUUCACGAGUCGAUGUUCACGGCGGCGGAGGCGGCGGCGCUGAGAUUUGUCGCGGCGGCAUUUGUUGGCAUGGUGUUGCCGUCAAAUCUCCGGUGUCGCAGGUCUGGUUUCGAAUCCCUCAACAUCAUCAUCAACCCUUUGUGCCUCCCAUGUAAAUUAAUUAGUAAUUUAGAAUAUUAUUUUUGUCUUUUUUUUAUUUUAAUAUAAAGUACUGUAAUUAACAUUGUUUAUAAUUAUAUACAUGUAUUUAUACGGUGCGCUUCUAGAAUCUCACUUGAAAUGUCAUCUUUUGUUCAUCGUUGUACGGCUGGAUUUGUAGAUUUUCUUCUUUUUUUUUUUUUUUUUUUUUUUUUUUUUUUUUUUUUUUGUGGGUGGGGUUAAUUUCAAUUUUAUUUUUGUUUUGGAAAUUUGAAUUUAGGUGGAGUUUGAGAAUCACGGAUGUAAUGUAAGUAAAGUUAGUUGAAUCAAUUUUGUAUUUUUAUUUAUAUAAUUUUAUAGUAAAUUAUGGAUAUUUUUGUAUAUUGAUGAAUCUUUGUUUUUUGUCUUUUAUUGUAAAAUAA